GGUCUAAAACGUCGUAAAAUGUCUAGCUGACACAUGUUUGACAUCAUCUGAUUGAUCCCAAUCGAAUGAGUCCACAAUAAUCAAAAUUUUUGUAACAUGUCUUAAUUCUUACUGAAAUUAUCUGUAAUCACACCCAAGAACAGCAGUUCUCAUCACAGAAUGGAUAGAUGUUUCAAAUGGCCACAAGAAAGCAAAUCUAAAAAUUAUGAAGAAGACAGAGAACUUAUCUUUCGUUUACAAUCAGCAAAACGCAGACUAUCACCCAUUGUGGACGAUAUUGUUGAAUCAGCCGUAGAUCUCAUCGAAAAAGGUGAUGAUCAUUUUGUGAACGAGUGCACACUCACACCAGACCAAUAUCAAGAUGUAAUUUGGGCUUCUCAAAUGUUACGACAGAUAGAAUAUGAUAGAAUGAACCACAAUAACUAUUACUUACCGAACACUAAUUUAAUAGUGAACCGUGUAAGUGUCGAAAGCGUGAAAAAAACUAGAGAUAAGUCCGCCGUCGUUAUAGAUCAAGCUACAGUAGUGCAGCUAUUGCAGCUUUACGACCAAAUGGGUGUUAUUAUACAAAAAAUGUUAAACACCAAUAAAGCAACCAAAAAUGUUGACGUUCAGAAAUCGACCGAUGAAAGUCGAUCAGACUGUAGGUGUGAUACCACAAUGCCGGCCUCAACAACCACCACAGAGAACAACGAAGUUGAUUCUUUAACUUCCGAAAAAAGUGCACUCAAACCGUGCAUCAAAUCGACAUGCUCAGCUUUCAAGAAGAGUUCUUCUAGCAAAGAGAACGGUGAGGACUCGGAAAGAAAAAGUGUUUCAAUCAACGACGAAGUGGAGACUAAAGUUUGCGAUGACCCCACCAUCUAUAUCAAAAUCCAGUGCUACACUGAUUGCUCUGAAACGGCAGAAGUCGAUGCUACGCCCAAAACCAGCGAAGUUAAAUGCUCCAAAAGUUGCGACUCUCAUUAUCACAUUAAACUGGACGGAGAACCAGUCACAUUAAAAAUGAAUCAGACCAACCAUAACGAAGACCCUGUUUUUUGCAUAAAUGCGCGAAGCGACGACGAAAGUGAUGUCAAAAUUGUGAUCAAACAAUGUCCAGAAUGUAGAUCAACAAUCAUUGGUUCUUCCACAAAAAUCGAAAACCCGCCAGAAUCACACGAGUCGCUUACAAUACACGGAACACCACAACUUGACGAAACAAAUCUGGAAUAUUCAUCUGAUGAUUCUGGCAAAUCAACAUCACCCUCGGAAUGUCAUUGCAAGGAGAAGAAAAUGUGUAUAGACCUCGCCAAGCUUAAAGAACUGCUCGGUUGUUCAUGCGAUAAACCCAAAAUGGACGUGGUUAUAGAUUCAGACAGUGUGGAAAAAUCAGAAGUCAAAGUUCGUGAACUACCACCUUUGAUGAGACGUCGGGUUUGUUCCUCAAUGGAAUUCGAUGUCACCACCGUUAAAACGAGGCUUCGAGAGAAAGAAAUCGAGCACAAAAACGCCCACAUCGUCUUAGAGUUGAAACAACUAGGAGUUGACCAAAUUUUACGAGCUAGCAAACCGGCCAAGUGCUGUCGGAAGGCAAUUCUCAACGAAAGGCAAAGAACAGCGCUUCCUUACUGUGUCAGCUUGCGAUCGUUGCCACUGAUGAGCAACGAUGCCGAAGUCAUCAAACAAUCAGUUGAUAUGAGCGUGAAGAAAAUCAAAAACGCGAUCGAUCUGACCCAAGCUUACAAAGACAAACUGGCGUAUUAUGUCAGCUUGGGGAAAGAUGAUUUCAAACAAAAGCAAACACCGUGGGUUGCGCCAUUGUACGGUAUGGAUUUAAAUGGCGAAGAAGACCGCUUUUACGUGUUGAAGAAAGAAGAAGCUGAGGAACAAGUUGCUACACUACUUGGAAUCGUUGAAAGACUCCGUCGGAACGAUUUAAGUUACACCAAAAAUCGAUGUUUUGUUUUGAGGAAACCAAACAUGAUGAGAAGGAUAACGGAGUGGAAUGAGUCAAAAUCGUCAGUUUUGAGCAGAAGAAUUAACCGGAAACGCAUAAAAAGACGUAUGGAAUUAAAAUUCAGAAAUUGUAAACCAAACAGAAGGAGGCGAAGUUGGAGAAGUAAUAUUGAUAGGUUUGGUUUUCCCCACCAAUUUAAUUCACUUGAUGUGAAUUUUCUUCAAACCACUGAAAUCAGUAGAUUUACUUCUUUUGCCAAAUGUUCCAAUAGUGGGUCAGAUAUCCCCUUGAAUGCUUUCCCCUGUUUUAAUAUUUGUAAUUUGGAUAAUAAGCAGCAAGAAGCAAUAGUUGAAAAAAGUAAAGGAAGCGGUGAUUGCUCCCUAAGCAAGAUGUUGGAUUUCUCUUAUCUAAAUAAACCCGAAAAAAGUAAGUUCUUACCAAGCGUGUUUCGUAAGAAAAAUUCAAAAAGAAAAAAAUCGUUGCCUGCUUCUAACGCGCUAACCAUUUUUAUACCUAAAUCAAAAGGUGUCAAACGCAAGAAAAAAAAUGUUCUAGAAUACUAUGUUGGUUUAGUAAAGGGAGAUCUAGUCUGGAGUAACACCCUUCCACUAGUACCCCAAAACUACGACACCUAUUAUAACCAUGCAAGUGAACGUAAGAAAGUUCCUGUGGAAGAGCCCAUAGUCGCUACUCGCGUUUCGCGUGCCGAAUCAAGUCGAGAACCCACAAGGUCACCUUCAAGAAGCAGCAGAAGAAGUUCUGGUUCUGCUACCAGACGCAAACGUCUCACAUUGCCGGAAUCAAAUAACGAACCCCAAAAAACUGUCACAUCAUCUCCAGAACCCCAGCAAGUUAAUGCUCCAGAAAUGGCUCAAGUUGAUGAAACACAAGAACUAAAAGACGAAUCUUGGUUUCCUCACGUUGUUAGCGAUACUUCCUUGCCCAACAUCCAGGAAACAUUUGAAAAGAAAGAAGUUGAACAGACGGAAGCGCAACCGGUGGAACCAAGAGAUGAUCCGCAUGAAGAGGAAUUUGUAGAACAGCAGGAAGAACCAGAAGAACAGCAAGAAGAACCUGAAGAACAGCAAGAAGAACCUGAAGAACAACCACCACCACCGCCACAAGCAGUAAAAAGCAAAUGUUCGACAAAACAAGUGUGCAUCAAACAUGAUUGUAAGAGUGGUUGCAAAGCAAGUAAGGCUUGUUGUUCAUCAGCUUCUCAAUCUUCUUCUCCUCCGCCUCCUCCUUCAUCGGCUCCUCAUUCUUCUUCCGUUCCUCCUUCAUCGGCUCGUCAUUCUUCUUCCCCUCCUGCUCCAUCGGCUCGGCAUUCUUCUUCCCCUCCUCCUCCUUCCCAAAAAGCCGGUCCGGGAGAUAUUACAAUUGCUAUUAAAAAGAAGCGAAAGGGAAUAGUUAUUGAAGGAAGAGCUCCAGCGAGUUGUAACAAGGAAGUUUGUGAAAUUUACAAAAACAAAAAUUUGGUACCGGACAAACCCGAGAAACAACAAAAAGCUAAAAGUUCGUCUGACAAGCCCCCGAAAGAGCAAAAGUUCAAAGUUGUAGCCAAAGAUAGUGUAGAAAUAAUAAUAAAUAACAACACGAUUUCUGUGACAAAUAACGACAAAAGGAAAAAGUAAAAAGGCAAAUAUGUGUUUGUACUUACGCAAUGAUGUGUCAUAAAUAAAUGGUUUUAUUUCGUU